AUGGCUGACUCGCCGUGGGAGGGGAAACUGGCCAGGCCUCCGGCCUUCACCCAGCUGAGUGACAUGGCCUCUGAGUUGGUAGGUGGCAAGAUUUUAUUUGCAAUAGAUGACUUUUUUGCUCCUGCAGAAAACCUUAUAAAGAGGGACUGCCCGCGCUUCAGAGGAGACGAGUACACGGCGUCUGGGAAACGGAUGGAUGGCUGGCAGACCAGGCGGAAAAGGAUCCCAGGUCACAACUGGUGUGUCCUCAAGCUGGGGAUACAAGGGAUCAAGGGCUUCGACGUGGACACUUCCUACUUCGUGGGAGACCAUGCACCCCGCGUGUCGAUUCAAGUGGCCCACGUGGACGAAGGUGAAGAGCCAGAAGUCCCACGGCGAGAAGAAAGGACAGGAGCCGCAGCCACCCCGGAGGAGUUUGAAGCUAUUGCUGAGGGGCACCUCAAGUCCAGCAACUGGGACUGCUGGGUUCCCAUGACAGAGCUUCCACCAGGGACCCCUGCUUCCAGACACAACUACUUUCCCGGCCACUCCCAGCAGAGGUGGACUCACCUACGACUCAACAUCUUCCCAGAUGGCGGAAUCGCACGCUUUAGGGUUUACGGCAUUGGACAAAGAGACUGGACUGCGAGUGACCCCAAAGAACCAUCAGAUCUGGUGACCAUCGCUUGGGGCGCCUGUGUAGGGUUUAGCAAUGCGCCUGGGCACCCAAACAACAUAAUAGGAGUCGGCAAGGCAGAGUCUAUGGCAGAUGGCUGGGAAACGGCACGAAGACCAGACAGGCCACCAAUACUGGCGAACGAUGAGCGUGGCGUUCUCCUGGUUCCGGGCUGUGAAUGGGCAGUUUUCCGGUUGCAUCCGGGAGUGAUAACUCAAACUGAAAUCGAUACGAGAUAUUUCAAAGGCAGUGCCCCCGACAGCUGUAAGCUGGAGGGGUGCAUCCUGAUGACCCAGGAGGAAGAAGACACAGUCAAGCAGAAGUGGGAUCAUCCCGGCCACAGGUGGAAACCACUGCCUCCAGUCACAAGGUUGCUAAACCCUGACACGAUCCACCUGUUCGACAGCCUAACCCCGGAGCUGCAAGACGUCAUCACCCACGCCAGGUUCACCAUCACCCCCGACGGAGGUGUGAGCCGCCUGCGACUCAAGGGCUUCCCCAGCUCCCUCUGCCUCCUGCGGCCCCGGGAGAAGCCCAGGAUGCGGUUUGCGGUGAAGGUGGGCUUCCGAGCGAACCUCUAA